GUAAUAAACACGGACGGAUCUCUUAAAAAUCCAGAACAAUACGGCUUUUGGGUGCAUUCCUGUGGCACCCAGUUCGUCUUUGGAAAGUCAUUGGCAACGUGGCGAGACAACUUUAUAAAAUGCCGGCAGAUUGGAAUGGAGCCGAUUUCCUUCGAAAACGAGACUAAUUUAGAGUGCUUUAAAAAUAUGGUCUCCAAGUGGAAGUACAGCUCGAAUUACUGGACGUCCGGUUUGCGUGUCAGCGCGAGCGAGUUUUCUUGGUGCAAAAAGGACGGAUCGAUCGCGGUUGACAAAUCGAAAUUGACAUGGGCCGCUGGCCAACCAGACAACGUGAACAACACUGAAAACUGUGUCCACCUAAAUGUUGUGAAAAGCAACUCUUCGUUUUACUUUUCGGACAGGACAUGCACCGAUCUACAAAUAUUCGCGUGCCAGGGUCCACCAACGCCAGCUCCAGCGUGUUCUAUGCCUGUCUGUCCAAACGUCACGUGCGUGAAAAAUACAGCUUUCUAUUCAACUAUAGGAACAUCUCAAUUUUUAACAAAGCCUGAACAGCAUGGAAGUUGGCUCACGAUCAAUGGGCGAAUGUACCUUUACAGUUUUCAGGAUGUGAAAACAACAUUUUCAGGCGCAAUGGCAGCGUGCUGUGAAAUCGGAAUGACCUUACUCAGUUUGGAAUAUGACUACAAAUACAAAUCCGUCAUUGCAGCCAUUAAAAACAACGUGACGUCGAGUGAUUAUUUCUGGACAUCUGGUUCUGACAAAGGGUGCGAGUCGAAUUACGGUUACUGCACGGCGAAGAGAUUGCUUCGAAAAGAGGCAAUUUGGGCAUCAGGUCAACCGGACAAUGCUGAUGGAAACGAGAGUGCUGUUGCCGUGUAUAUCACCGAUGCCAAAGCUCAGUUGUUCGACUUCAAUGAAGAGUCAAAAUACAGAUACGUUUGUGAGGCUCGUGAUACAUCCAAAGCUAAAUCUGGAGGGUCCGCUGUAAGGGACGAGUGCGCCUCGAUUUAUAACGUCUCUCAAGCUGAAAUCGACACCGUUCUGAACAACACAAACAAAUUGGAUUUAAGAUUAAAGUGCUUCUUGAAAUGCCUGGGAGAAAAUUCUGGACUGAUGGUAAAUGGAAAAUUCUUGGAGAACGAGGUUUUGGCUAUUCUGGAAAAUUUGGCCCACGGAAAUCUUGACGACCUUCAAAAGAACAUGGGCAUCAUGGACGAUUGCGGAAAAGCGUCCACUGGCAUGGACGAAUGUGACAAGGCGGCGCAAAUGAUAGGCUGCAGCAACGAAAAGGCGCCUGACGUUCUCAACGGCGUCAUAAUGGCCAUGGACCAAUCGAUGCCCAUGGAAAAGGCACCAAUUCCACCAGAACCAUUUUGCUACAAUGCAUCGGAGUGUCCUGGAGUCCCACCACACGCGCAAGAAAUAGCUGUUUGCACAGCUGACUGCCAAACAUCGUAUGGCCUGGUUAAGUUUUGCGGCAAGAAAAAAUUUUAUUUUGAAUCAAGAUCGUACGAUUUUAAUGUUUCAUUUAUCAACUGCUGCAACUUGGGAAUGAAACUUGCGUCGAUUGCAACUAUUGAAGAUGUCACUUGCCUCGCUAGUUUCGCUUAUCCAAAUCAAAAUGUUUGGAGCUGGGUGGCCGCCAGCAAAAUUAAUAGCAGCAGUGGACGAUGGUGCACCUCAACCAUGCCUUUAAACAGUAGCAUUUACGCUUCGUUUUCGGACAACAUUGACCCAACUGGAAAUUAUAACGCAUACGUUUAUGUCACUAUUUCCAAAGCCAUGUCUAUUACUUCUUCAAGUACAGUGUACCCUUCAAUUUGUGAACAGAUUUAAAAUAAAUAUAAACAUAAAUAAAUUUGUAAUAAUCUGUAGUGCCAGGCCGCUAAAAUUUUUACAGCCUACUGCGCGGCUCUCAAUUUCUUAUCUCUAGUGUUGGAAAUAUUUAUAAAACCAUUACUUUUCCAAUAAUGAGCAUCAGGCAGACAUUAAAGAAUAUACAAAUUCUGGCAACUGAAAAAGUGAUCUAUUCAUCGUAUUGUAUGCCCCUUGCCGAUAUUCUUUGUUUGUGGAUACCGCUAUCUCAUCAUUACAUACUGACUUAUUGUUAUCCAUGACCUUCCACUUCUUGCUUUUAUGCAACCAUAGCAGCAAUAAUUUUGUUUGGUUCAGAGUAAGCAAGUGGAAGGGAGCAUUGAGCAUU